AUGUCGUCGCCGGCAACUGCAUUUCUAGUUUUGUUUUUCUUUUGUUUUGUUGCCUUUGGGAGCUGUGGAACGCCGACAGUUAACGGCACGACAAUAAUUUGGAAUGACAAAUUUGAAGAUACAAGCAAUGAGGGAUCUGAUCUCAAGACAAAAUACGACGCAAAAGGACUACAGCCUUGGUACAAUUUCGCAAAUUCUUUCAUCGGAACAGUUCUCAGUAAAGACCCUUACGGUGAGUAGAGUUCAUCCUUUUGUGUUCGUUGGUGUCUACAGUAAAACGGAGAUCUGUGGCCUAGAGCAUCUCUAUCAAAGCUCUUUGCUGCGGAUUUCGCUAUCCUUUACGAUGGCGAAGGUGAACGCUAAAUUGAAAUGGUGAAAUUCAUGGGUUGGUCGAGUAUAUUGUCAUUUUGAUUUUGGGAUUCUUUCCACUGUGCAGUGCGGAAGGAUUUUGUUAUUAAUCAGUUGCGUGAUUGUGAUUCCCUUUUUUUCGUGCUUUGUCUCCAGCAGUGUGUGAGAAUGGCGCUUGCAGAUCGUUGCGUGCGAUGUUAAAGAUCUACAUCAAAACACUGUGUUCUUUCCUGUUAAACAAAUUCAUGCCGAAAAGCAAAUACAUUUCCGAUCGCACUGAAGCCAUUUUUGCGGUUUUUUUGAAAGGACGUUGUCGAAUAAUUCUUACACGAAGAUUCUGUUUAUUUCAAAUAUUGCAUUCAGAUCGAAAGCGUUUUGUUUUUUGUAUCAUGACGCGAACGAGCGCGAGAUACGUAAUGUUAUUUGAGGGUCGUUUUCACGCUAUGAAAAUCUGUACAGAUGUAUAUUUUCAUCUCUGUCUUGUGCUCUAUCGUUAUUUUUUUACAGGGUUUUUGGUAUCUUUACUGCUGGGCGAGUUGAUAUUCGUUCAGAUUUCUAAAGAGAAGGAAGCUAAACUACAAAUAGGUUUAGUACAUGCUUGAAAUUCGGAAUGAAUGGAAUACGAUCUAAAGUUUUGUGCUUGUGUGUUGUUGACCGUUUUUGCUGGCUUUCGGUUUUGUAAGUACUCAGGAAGUUUGUACGUAAAGGCAGUUCAUAAUUUGGUUUAAACGCAUUCUUUGUUAUGGCAGGGCAAUAUCAAAUACACAAUGAUUUCCUCCACGGCUCUUGCGUUAACAGUCUCCUUGCCAGUGUGUGUACUUUGAAGUGGCAUGAUGUCUUAUGACAAACCUUAAGACUAAAAUGUGUAAUUCAGCGAUUUGAAGAUAUUAAAAAACUCAGCAUGAGUAUUGUUUGCAAACAUUCAUCAGAAUUAGAGAAAGAUGUUUUUUUGUCUUGUCACAAAAGUGGGACAAGAAAAAAUUCUGAGUCCCCAUGAGGAAUCGAACCUCAGACCUUCGGGAUUCUGAGCUCUGAUGCUUUACCACUGAGCCACAGAGACUCUGCGGUGAGUGAGGUCUAUUAUGAAGUUCAUAUGACACACAUCCUGCAUACUACUAGUACCAGCAAUGUUAAUAGCAUAGUGUUUGUAGUUAGAAAUAAGAGAGAUGGUAAAUUUUGAGCCCAGUUAAGAAAUAGAGAAAGACAUUUUUUCAUCUUGUCAGGAGCGUGGGACAAGGAAAAAUUCUGAGUCCUUAUGAAGAAUCAAACCUCACACCUUUGAAUUCUGCACUCUGAUGCUCUACCACUGAGCUACAGAGACUCCACGGAGAGCAAGGUCUAUUACGAAGUUCAUGUGACGUGCGUCCUGCAUGCUGCUAGGAUCAGCAAUGUCGAUAGCGAAAUGUUUGUAGAUAGAAAUAAGAUAGAAAUAUUUCAUCAGAAUUGCUGGAAAGAUAUCCUCAAAAUCAAUGCGGAUUCAAUCCAAGUUUGAUAGAAAUUUGGUGAAAUUUAACAAAGAUGUGCUGUCUCAGAUAUCCUCAAAGUCAAUCCAAAUUCAAAGUUUGAGAGGAAUCUGUUGAAAACUAAUAAAAGAUAUGACAGCACAAACUGGUGGCAUUUCACAGACUUUCCUAUGUUGUUGGGCACAAACUUAAACCCCUCCUGUCUUUACCUUGCACUCACCUGUCUCAUUUUUUGACUUUGAAGGACUGCAUCCUAUUACUUUUCAACACAUUGCUCCCCAAGGUACUUCUCUGAGAAAUAUCAGUUUAUGUACACUAUCUGGCAGAUGUCAAAUUUGUUAGAAAAAAACAAAAGAGUGAACUGUGCAAGGGUGUAUUUCGGGAAGGUUUUCAUCAAGAAAUGUUGCAAGGUUUCAUCUUGCAUUCAUCAUCUCUUUGAGCUGAAAGGAGAAGAUACUCGAUGUCCAAACAGGAAAUGGCUUAGAUUCUCCAGUGCCCAACUUACACUCUUGUAGCAAAGGUUAGAGAAAAAUAGGAAGGCUUUCAGUCAAACCCUCCCCUUUCCCCCGCCUAAAUGUUUGAGCAUUUUGAAUUUAUGCUCAAAGCUUUUCUACACCUAAAGCCUCCGUUUGUUAUUCCAAUUUCAAGCGCUGGUGGCUGUAAACCAAGUCUGCCAGAUGUUUACUUAAUCGACUAAUUAUUCAUGCUAAGUUGACAACCAAUUCAAUUGUUAUCUUUUAAAUUAACUACUACUACUUUGCAAACAGCAUUUCCUGAAGUUUUAUGAAAUACAUGAAUUGGUAGACUUUCAAAACUGAAUCUUAUUAUAUUUCAGAUAUUCUUAUCAAGAUCAAAGAUGACGGUUUGGACGAAGAGGUUAUCAAGAAUGAUGUGAGUUUUAAACAAUUUUCUUAGGGGGUUGGGAUAAAAUUACUUACUAAAGGAAUUUUUGUCAUCCAAAACAUGUGGCACUGAUUUUUAGGUAGCAGUUGAAAUUGCGCACGCACGUUUGUUUAUGCAUUUCUUAUGCACCCAAAAAUGGAAAUCCACUUUUAUCUUCCUUUUUUUUCUCCCAACAGAUUGUUAAAAACUAUGCCAUAGGAAUGAUUAUUUGUGUGGGAAUUGGUUUCCUAUUCUGUUUGCUUAUGCCAAUUGUUGGCUUUUGUUUCUGUUGCUGUCGCUGCUGCGGAAAUUGUGGUGGGGAGAUGUCACAGAAAGAGAGAUCAAAUGAUGGCUGCAAAAGAGCUGUGUUUGGAGUGAUUCUUACAGUGAUCACACUUCUGAUGUUGUAAGUAACAAACUUAUCAGUGAAAAAUUAAUGUCUCAUAAUUAACUUUACUUUUUUAAGAGUUUAAUUGAUUAUUGUGAGAAGCAAUCUGUGGAGUCACUCCUUUGUGUGCCAUGACCAUUCCUCUCUUUUGGGAAGAUCUCAGAUUCACCUUAAAAUGGUAAUUACAAUUGUGUUACCUCUGCUGGUUGUAUGGAACUUUCAUGUAAGAUGGAGCAAGAAAUGAUUUUUGAAAUAGAGUACUUAGGGUACACUACACUGCUAUGAUUGGUUUCUUAACAGCAGCUGUCAACUGGUGCCUGUAUUUCCGUUUAACACCUUGAGCUUUUUGCCUGUCUGUGCCAAGUCUCCUCAACUGGAUGGUUUUCUUUGCCAAAUAAUGAUCUUCCUAGACUGAUCCAAAGAUUAAUUCAUAGAGCUCUCUGCCAUACACUUCCUAUAAUUGUACCUUUGAGAAUUUGGUGCUAAACCAAACAAAAUCCCCUUGUGGAUAUUUAUGUGUUUUCUUAACAUGGGAUUGCUUGAAAAUGUUUUGAUAAUGUAAUACAUACAUCUUGGUCACUCUUGAAUUCAUAAGGGUUAACUUUUCAACCACCAAGAUCUGAUUGCAAAUUCUCCCCUCCAUCUGCUUUACAUUUCCUUGCAAAUUAGGUGUGAAAAUUUGGUGUUAGAUCAAAAUAACAACUUCUACUUGAUAGAUUUGAGUAUUUUUGAUACUUUUUUACAGGAUAAUGUUUUGGUAUUAUAGAGAGAAGUUGCAUCUGAAUCACUUAUGGGAAUUAAGUGGUUAACCUAAGCCCAUUGUGCUGUUGUUUGACUUUUGCAACUAGAUAAACUGUCUUGUAACUUUUUUUUCCAGUACUGGGGUCUUGUUGACAUUUGUUUGCAAUGAUCGCAUGAGUGAAACUGUUGACGAGAUGCAAAUCAAUUCAGAUGCUAUUGUAAAGGAAGCAGUCACAUUUAUUAACCGUUCAGUUGGGGUAAGUUGAGAUCUUUUUUUUUUUAAUUAAUUUUCUUUCUUGACUAUUUCAAUAAUUUGUGGCACUUAGAAGUUGAAAGGGAAGGCCAAUCAAUCACAAUGCAAGCUCUCUGAUCUGGAAAAUACAGUCUGAUACCAAGAAUCUAGGGUUUGACUAAACCAUGAGCAAUGGCAGGGCGUGAAAUUAACUUUUUUUUCUGAUAGCCACUUGGCUCCUAAAUUCUUCAAAGUGGUAGCCAAUUCAAAAAAGUUGGUCGCCAUUUUCAAAGACAAACAAAAUCUUUCUUUACGCUGUCAGCGUUCUAGAUAAACCCUCCAAAAUUAAGUUAGGGAAAAGAUCUUUAACGUGCUACAAAGUGGACACUAGGAUUGAUGAUAUACAACGUUCAGGCUCAUCUAAAUCCAAGAUGGCAUCUAGUUAUCGAUCGAGAUGCAUGUGCUACGUUUUGGAAACAAACUUAACAAGGAAGUUUGCUGCGGAUUUAUCUUUGCAAAUCUUUUUAAUUCACGGUAUCUCUUGGUAAGGUUAUGAUGAAACGUUCUAGUCGCCAAUUUGGCGACUAACUUUUAGGAUUUGGUCGCCAAAGUGAAAAAUUUAGUCGUAUUGGCGCCUGUAUUAGGCGCAAUUUCACGCCCUGAAUGGAGUCCCAAGCAUCAUCAAUAGUUUUUGUCUGAUUCUGACCACUUGAUUAUUCAAGCAAUACAUGUAGACUACCCCUUUGGUAUGGCUUUACCAGUGUAAUAACCCCUAUGGGAUAUUGAAAGGACUGUUUGAAAAUCACAAGCCCGAGGCAAGUUUUCAAAUAUUCUCCAAACAUUCCAAGUGGGUAAUUAUGGCAGUGAACUGACAACAAGUGCAUUCAAUUUUUUUAUAAAAUAGUGUAACUAUGGGUUUACUGGUGCAGUGAAGGUUAGCUUUUUUCUACAAUCAGGGUGCCUGUAGUGUCUUAAUUAUUUUAUGAAUUACAAUGUGUCAUCCCAGGUUGAAAACCUUGGUAAGAUCUGGACAAGAUCUUGAUGAAAUCAUGGCAAGAUCUUUGAUAAAAUCUUGGCAAGACCUUUGGUAAGAUCAUGUAAGAUCUUGGACAAGAUCCUGCAAGAAGCUGCAGGAUCUUGCUAAGAUCUUGACAAGAUCUUUCAAUGAUCUUGGAAAGAUAUUUUUAAGAUCUUGCUAAGAUCUUGACAAGAUCUUUUAAUGAUCUUGUCAAGAUCUUGGUUAUGAUCUGAUCAAAAUUUUUGUAAAAUCAUGCAGGAUCAUGGUAAGAUCUUGACAAGAUCUUACAACCCUUGCGAAAUGGCUUUUGGAAUUCCUAGGAAUAAAGGUGUGAAUUUUCACGGCAAAUUCGGACUGGGAAUUCCUAGGAAUUCCUAGGAAUUCCCAACCAUAACAAUUCUGGUUCUAAAAACCUAGAAAUUCCUAGAAAUUCCCAAAAAUUCCCAGAAAUUCCCAGAAAUUCCAAGUUUAUAGUCAACAGGACUUGGAAUUCCUAGAAAUUCCUAAGAAUUCCAACUCAGAGAACCGAUAACUUUCACUGAAAAGCUGUAAAUCUAAAAAAUUCCUAGGAAUUUCUGGGAAUUUCUGGGAAUUUUUAGGAAUGUUUAAGAAUUACUGGGAAUUUUAAGCAAAAAUUUGAGGCUAAUGAUAUAAAAUAAAUACUUUAAAUUAAAAAAACCCAGCUAAAAUUCAAGUAUUCAAUGAAAUUUAUUUAGAAGCUUAAUUAAGGCUUACAUGUAAAAUAUUUUUGAUUAAUUACUAACAUCAGUGUGUGGUAAUAUUAGGAUGGAAUUUGAUUUAUUUUUCUUUUCUUGAAAACUUCAUACGGAUUAAUCCUCAAUUACAGCUAUUCAUAUAAAAUAGUUCUAAUCAAUCAUUAAAUUUGGUUUGACACAAAUUGUAAAUAAAAUCUGUUGAUUCUCUUCCAUAAAAUACAAUUUAUCUUAAGUUAUAUUUAUAUAGUUAUAUUCUUGGGAGUGAAGGGGCUAAUUACAGACAAAUAAAAUUGAUUUUUUGAUUAAAAUCUUGUUGUAACUGUAACAAUAAAUUAGAAUGAAGUUAUCCUAAACUGCAAACUUAGCUGCUGUUUGUACUGUUUGUAUUUUUUUUCCUGGGCUCACAAUGAGUUGGCCUUGAAUGAGGUUGUCAACAAGAACCUUGACCAUUUUGUAUCUGGAUUCCUUGACAUCUGAAUUUGAAAAAAAAUAAUAUAUUAAAAUAUGUAUGUUUAAAGCUCAGACCAGGCUUUUAAGAUGGCUAUGAGGAAAAGGGCAUUCAUUGGAUUCUCAAAUUGAGAAAUCUCUGUUAUAUUGAGUGACUUUUAUAUUGGAGUUAGUACAUCUCUCUCAUGGAUUUUACUAAAAAAGGGCUGAAUACAUUAUUUUGUUUUUACCAAGGAGGGCUUCUUUUUGUACUAAGGUUUGUUAUGAAUCUUGAAUGUUCCCAAACGUGACUAGAGGAAUCUUGAAACCUUACUGAUAGGUUUAUUUCAUUGUAAAGCAUAAGCUUAAGAAACUGCGGCAUGCAAGCGACCGAUUCGAUUCUCAGAAUUAUUCUAGUUUCAGUUGCGCCCGGCGUUAUGUAAGCUUAAUUCAACCCGCUACAUCUAUUAUUUUAUAAGAUUUUGAUCACGUAACGAAUAUCGCAAUUUUUACUCACCACAAACUUUCAAAGUCGUAGGUUUACAGAUGGCCACUCGACCCUUGUUUGUACCAGUCAAUGUCAACUGUUGUCCCUUCUUUUAACUCUACGGCGCCAACGACUUUCUUUUCUUUUACAACACUCACACUAUUCUCGUUUUCCCAUUGAACCACAAUAAAAGCUAUCUUUAGAAGUGUUUUAUUAAGCAAAACAGUUGAGAAAAGCGAUCAACCGAUGAAAAGUACAUUCAAAGAUGAGCGCCAAAUGGAGUCUUCUUUGUUUCCGAUCACGGGCAUGAUCACGUGGAUCUUUUAGGACUUGUCAUUGGCUAGCAAAGUGAAUCCGCUGGCUUGCCGAUUGCAGUGUCAGGCGAAGCGCCCAACUUUAUUCUGACUUCUCCGACCGGUUCUCUGCUUCUCGAAGAUGGAUAGCUUGGUGAUAUAAAUAAAGAUGUGAGCUCACUCUAUGUAGAAAUAAUCGACAAGAAUCGAUCGUAUUACAAAUGCACGAUUUGAAACUCACUUGAGUUGUGUUAAUGGCAAAGGUGAGAAAUAACACAAGCCAAUCACAGUUUUGAAUGCGACUACAAAUCGUCUUUUACCCUCAUAUUUAUAAAAGAAGGGUACCACAUUCGAGAAUUCCUAGGAAUUCCCAGAAAACUGGGAAUUCAGUUCGCAAGGGGAAUGAUCUUGGCAAGAUUUUUUACUAUCUUACAUGGUAAGAUCUUAGCAAGAUCUUUCAGUGGUCUCAACUUGCCAAGAUCUUGGCAAGAUCCUUCCAAGAUAAAGAUCUUGACAAGAUCAUCCAAGAUCUUUCAUGAUCAUAAAAGAUCUUGACAAGGUUCUCAACCUGGGAUAACCAUUGACCAGUUAUAGCGUGCAAAUCUCAGUAAGAGCCUGAAUACAGGAAAAUAUACAAAAAAAAAAACGAAAAAGAAUUUUAUCACACAUUAAAACAAAUCAUCAUGUUCCUUUUUUUCUUUUCAUCUGUGCAUAGGAAGUUGACAAACUCCUAGGUAAAGACUUUGGUUUUGUCAUGAAUCAGUUGAAAAAUGACAUUACUGAUGCAAGUCUUGAAAGUCUUGUGGGUGACCCUCUACUGAAAGAGCUGGACAAAGUCUCUGUUAAGCCUAUAGAAGCAGUAAAGGAUUUGGCUGCGAGUGAGUACACUAUUAUAUGUUCAAGUCUUAUAUAUUGUUAACACAAUGGGCAAACUCAAUUUAUACAUGUAAAAUAACUUGUUAACAACUAAGUAUGAGGGCCACACUGAGGACUGGUGGCCUUGGUCUUGGUAGUAUGGACCAAGGGUAGCAAGGUUCAUAUCAAAACAACUGAGGGCCAAUAUUCACUAGUAUGGCUGGAGCAAACAAGCUUAAUAAGUAGCUAGUCAUGUGGCAGUGGGACUAAACUUGCUUAUUUAGAAUUUUCUGUAUUGAUUAUUGUGGCUAUGGUCCAUAUGGCAAAAUCCUUACCUAGUAAGAACUAAUCAGAACACUCUGAUGUACCUCAGGACUACCUCUCCAUAUAAUAAUUUCUAAAAGAUGUUAAAUAAUGAAUUGUUGUGGGAAAGAUCAAAUCUACUCAUAUAUACAACCUGCACAAUAACAUGAAACUCAAAAAGUGGGUGACUUUGGAGGCAAGAGGUUUUUCUCCAACUGAUUUUCCAUUGGUGUAGUGUUUGAUCUGUCUAUUACUUGGGCAAACACUUGAAUGUUAUGACAUUUUUAAUGUACUCAGCUUUUGUCGCCAAAGUGUACUCCAUUUCCUGAGAGAUUCUCUUUAAUAAUAUUUCCAAUUUUGCUUGAAACAUAAGAAUUCCUUAAGAGUGUCUUUAACUCUUAGAUGAACUGUGUACAUUGGCACAGUGGCAUAAAUGUGGUUUUCAGCAACAAAUCUGUGCUCUGUUUAAAAAAUUAUGAGGGUUGAAAUGUAUUUUUUAACCUUAUUCUUUCUGAUUACUUAAAUAUUUCAUUUUAUUAGACACUCAAGUAAUGAAGAAUCAGCUUGAGAUCAUCAAAAACACUAGCCAAAGUCUGUCAAGCUUGACGGAACAACUUCAAGAGGGCCUGAAUGAUGCUAAGAAAAACUUGACAGAUAUUAAGAAUGAUUGCAGUAAUGUGCGAGGUGUUAAUUCUACCUGCGAUAAAAUCAACGUAGAUGACCUGGCUACUGGGGCAAACUUUACAAAUCUUCCUGAUGUCUCAACUGAACUUGAAAAGGUUGAAGAUGUUGUAAACCAAGACUUUGAGAAGACAGCAGAAGAAGUAAGUUAUUCCCUGCCUCAAUUUACCUAUUGAUACCUUCGAUGUCAUUAUUUGCAUCAAAACUUCUAAAAUUUACAGAUUCUGAUUUGAAGUGCUGUAUCUGGAAAUGGCAAAUAACCCCACUAUGUUACGUGGCUUUUACAGAUUGGGUGUCAAAAAAGAGUGGGGUUACAAGAAGGAAUAAAAUGAUAGCCCCCAACAUGGCAGAAGAUGGUAAACAACUACAAUACAGCUGUAUGUGAAAAAAAUAAGGGAGAAGUUGCAAUGUUAAUAUUAUUAGAAAUAAGAUAAAAAUUGGAACAAAUUAAGAUAAGGUACAAAUGAAGGGAGAAGGUUGUUAUUUGAAGUUAUAGCAUUUCUUGAAAUGUAUUGGUAUGAAGUGCAUUGAAGGAUUUCAGACAGUAAUAGCCUCAUGAAUACAUCUAUUUAAUCUCAGGGGCUUGCAGAGGUGAGGAACAUUCCCCAAAAGGUUAUCAAUGACACAAGUGAAACACGAAAAGGUAAACAGAACACAGAAUUUAUUCAUCACCAUCAAAUGGUGUCCAAAUACAAUUUAAUGUACUACUCAAAAUGACUUGUUUAUUUUACAAGAUCUUCGUCUCAAGAGAUGCAAGUGUUGUUUUGUGAAACAAGGGUUUAAGUUGACUCAACAUAGAAGUGACCCAUUUUCACCAUGAAUUGAUAUGAUUAAUACUCAACAUGUAAAUGCAUAGUCAAAUUGGGUAACUGGUCAUUUCGCACAAAAGACUUUUCACACAAGUCUUUUAGCACAAGUUUUGGACCGUUCGCAAAAUUCUUAGUGGUCAUUUCGCACAAUAAUCAUAAGUGAUUUGACAACUUGAAUGUGUCAGUGUAGGUAGUAACUAGUGAUCUUGUAGAAAGACAAGUUCAGUCUGUAAUCAUUUUAAAGAUCGAGAAGUUUAAUACAUCUAUCAAGUAGUAACCUUUCAAAUUAUUCUAAUAACAAUUACCUAAGCGAUGGAGAGUUCAGUAUCGAUCAAUAAGUGUCAUAGCGACCGUGAUGUAAACAAAUGAUUUCACGAAAGUUUCAAGAAUUCAAAAUGAUUCAAAGAUUAUACGCUAGCCGUUCAAUAAGUAAUCAUACAAGCUUAAGAUCAAAACAAAUAAAGAAAUUUAGGUGUACUAUAGCUUAAAUGAAUGCAGGUGAGGGCUAAAUUUCUAUGAGUCUUGACUGAGUUAAGUGAGUUAAAAUUUGUAUGAUUCGUUGGGUAACAUGGCCGUGAACUUGAAUUUUAUAUAUUUACACAGAAAUUUUGUAAAUAGGGCUUUUCUCCUUUUAAAUAAAAAGUGAAACAGUUUGCAGGUUUUUACUUUGAAUUCAGAGGAGGGAGGAUUGGUGACAAAUACUUUAGAAAUCAACAUGGCGUCCUUAGCGUUGGGUCGUCAUGUUCGUUUGUUUGUAGUGGAUGAUGUACUGUCAAAACUAAAAGGUUUUUCGUUUAACAAAGGAAAAGUAAAAGAAGUAAUCGUUUGAAUAGAGAGUUCUUUACAUUUUCAUAGAGAAAGAUUUGUUCCUUUAUUCAAGUAAAAAUAGUGAUCGUGUUCACAAGCAUUUCGAUCUAGUUGAAGUUAUUACGUAAAUAAAUAUCUACAUUCUCGCCGUUGGAUCUUAUUGAAAGUGAUAUGUGAAGGUGAAAUGUUUUAUCAGUAUUAAUUAGUAUACCUUUUACAUUGAUGUUUCUCACUUAUAAUUAUUGUGCGAAAUGACCGCUAAGAAUUGUGCGAACAGUCUAAAACUUGUGCUAAAAGACUUGUGUGAAAAGUCUUUUGUGCGAAAUGUCCUGUAUUCGUCAAAUUGUGUGUAAUGUUUCUCCUUGUCAUUGAGCAUGAGAUUCACCUGUUGAAAAGGUACACAUAAAUAUGUUCUUUAUGUCACUGAAAAUUUAAACCUGUGAUAAGGUUAGACAAACUUCCUGGUAGGUAGAGUGAGUUUUCUUAAAAUAACCCAUAGUCCUAAAAGCUCUUUACAAUUGCAAGAGAUAUGUGUUUAACUGGGAGUGAAAGUAUCAGCAGUCAUUACCAGUUAGUAAGACUUGUCAAGAUUAUCUCCACUUUUUUCUGUCACCAUUUACCUAAUCUGUGAUAGACAUAUUUUGAAGUUGGAAAUGGAAACUACUCACAGUAAAUCUAAUGAUAGAAGUAAUCUUUCUUUGCUUUUUUUGUUUUGUUGUUUUUUCUAUAGAUAUUGGCAAAAUGAUUAGCAAUGCAACUAGCAGUGUCAACAAGAUGAGAGAUGAUCUUAGGAAAAUUUCAAAUGAUGUAAGUCUUCAGCCCAACAUAUGUAUAUGGUUAUACAAACAACAUUACAGUAGUUAUGGAUUGUGUUCCAUUGGAACUAUUUUUGUUUUUAUUUUGAGAAAGACAAAGACAGGGGUUGGAGAAAAAAUUGAAAAAAAUAAAAUGGUGCACUAAAGUCUUUGUUUAAAUGAGAUGAAUGUGUUUCUAUCCCUCCUUGGUUUGUAGUCUUCCAUCUUAAGACAGUCAACUGCUGGCCCAGUUGUUCAAAGGGUGGAUGGGUGAAAGGGAUAGAGAGCUACUCAGCAGAUAAGUCUUUUUAAAACUUGUUUGGUCCUCCACUGGAUAGAAAUUGAUCCAGUGGAUAGCAUGGUCCACCCUUCAACAACCAGGCCAGGUCUGAUUCUACUGACUUUUUUUCUUGUUAAUAGGAUGUCAUCUCAAAGCUUGAGGAAUUUAAAACUGAUACUGUUCCAAAAGCCAAAGAAGAAGCAGAAAAAUAUGACAACUACAGGUAAAGUGAACCAUCAGAAUACACUGUCAGAAAAAUUAGGAGAAGAUAAUGACCAUUUGGUUAAAUUUUAAUGUUCUUUGCAGUAAUAACACAAUUUGUUAACUGCAUCAGUCAUGUUUCAAUGUACAGUCUGUAAUUGUCUAGACGAGUGUAAUAUGUAAUUGAAAACAAAUUGUAAAAAAUGCUGGAUAGCAGAAAACCUCUUAUUACAAAGCAAAUGCCAUUUAAUGGUGGAGUUUAAUAACUAAAAUUACCAUUCAGAUUGCUUUAUCUCCAGUCCUGCUAGGGCUGAUUCACAUAUUUUUCUGGUACUGAACUGGGCACUAUUGCUGGUAUCCAGUCAACUCGCCGACGGACCAACUCGCCGACGUAUAAAAUCGAGUAGAGACGUCGGCGAGUUGGUCCUAAAUCCAAUACAACUUAUUAGAAGUUAAACAUACAGAAAAGUAUAAACUUUGUUGCAAAUAAAAGAAUUGCUUUUUACUAAAGAUCUUGUCUAGAAAGCUAAGUUUUCUUUAAAAAAUCUGAGCGAUUGACAUGAUGAGUCUUUACGGUGUUGUUGUCACACAAUAACUCGUUCGCAUCUUAAGCUGUUAUAGUCAUUGGUGAUGUUCACCAAUGUUCACCAAUGUUUGUGCUUCUGUUUGAUGUUCACCAAUGUUCACCAGUGUUUUUUUACUAAAUAUCGUUUACUCUUCUGUAUGUUUAACUUCUAAUAAGUUGUAUUGGAUUUAGGACCAACUUGCCGACGUCUCUACUCGAUUUUAUGCGUCGGCGAGUUGGUCCGUCGGCAAGUUGACCGUAAUUCCUAUUGCUAGUGACUUUGCUUAACUCGGAAAAAGAUUUUGAUUCUUCAGAAUGGAUUGACUAUUCCUUCAAAUUGAAAGAAUUUGGAUGGAAAGGAUGGUGAUUUAGCAGAUUUGUGGAUUGAAAAAUCAUUAGGGAAGGAAUUUUCAUUUACCAAGGUAUUUUAGUUAUCUUAUGCUUAAAUCUGGGAUUAAUCUGGAACUCAUAUUUUCAGAUGGAUGGCUGGUGUUGGGUUGACCUGCAUUCUUCUCCUUGUUGUGGUGUUGAUGGCUCUUGGUUUGAUGUGUGGUGUCUGUGGUCAUGACAAGGAAGCUUCACCAACCACACGGGGUACAGUGUCUAACUUGGGAGGUCUUUCUCUAAUGGCGUAAGAAACAUUUUAUUGAUUUUCCAUGUUCUAAUGUACAUGCUAUGCUCCAUUGAAGAAAUGUAAAAUGGUUUCCGUGUUUACAUAGCCUGAUGUAAAAACGUGGGAGGUUGGGAGAACACGAGAUAACCGUAGGAAACCACGACACGAAGCAGAGUGGUUUCCAGCUUAUCGAGUGUUCUCCCAACCUCCCAAUUGUUUACAGCAGGCUAUGUAAACACGGAAACCAUUUUACAUUUCUUUUAUAAAAUAACUAAUGAAAGAGGAACGAAAACCGUGUUUACAUACGCUCAUGUAAAAUGGUUUUAUGGCCAAUCAGAGCACACGUACUAUUUGAAUUAUUUUAUAAUUCAAAAUAUGCUGAUAGCAAUUUUAAAUUUCAAAGAGUAGCCUUUUCUUGGAAAAUUGUCCGCAAAUGUGCUAAAAAUUUGCACAUUUGAAAACAGUCUAGAAUCCUAGCCCAUACUUUCCCAGAAUUCAACUCUAAUGAAGGAAACCAAAACGUUCCAGAAUGCUUUUGCUUUGGCCACAGGCUUCUUUGCUUUUAUGGUCUUAAGGCAGCCAUGUUGUGUUCUAUGUACCAGAUAAGCAAAGAUUGCUAAGAAAUAUUCAAAAUGGCAGCAUUUGACAUCAAAUUGUAGGUAUGUUUGAAGACAGGUCUUGGGAGCUUAAGUUACCCUUUGGAAUCUCAAAUGUUAGAAGUGCUGUAACCCCUUGGUUACUCUUUAUGAUGAAGUAAAAAAUUAAUUUUUUCCAAAGCAAACUUGUCCUAUACCAACCAAGUUCUGAUUUACCUUUUCAGUAGUAGCUGAAAACAAUAAAACUUGUCUUUCUCUAAUUUGUUUCUUAUUUUCAUUUAUAGUGCUGCUGGGUUCUGUUUUAUUUUUGCAUCAUUUUUGAUGCUAUUGACUACAAUCUGUUUUAUUAUUGGAGCACCAAUGCAAACAGUGUGUACAGCUAUUGAUUCUGGAGAACUGUACUCUCAGGUUUGUGUGAACACCUAUCUUAAUAUUACAUGUAAUCAGUGAGUCCAAGCAAGCAGCCUAAUUGAAAAAUGCAUGGCUAGCACCUUUACCCCAAUCAAAAAUGAUUUUGGGGUCUGGAAGUCUUUGAAGAACCUCUUUUAGGACAGAAGACAGUUGCUUAUGGUAAACAGCUGCCUCUAAGCCCUGGACUGAUACAACUCUGUAAUGGGUUUUAAUAGGGCUUGUAAACAGAGAAGCCUACAUCUGAGAGGGCUUCUAACCAAACUAGCAAGAGUAAUAUUAUCUUAGUAAUUAUUAGUAAUAAUAUCUCCUAAAAGAGAGUUGGGGCUAAUAUCCAGAAGGGCUUCUAAUCAGAUGUAUUUUGUUUUCAUUAACAGGUUGGGGGGGGGGGAAGGGGUGCUAAAAGUGGGAAUGGGAGGGGCUUAUAGGCAAACGGUGUCCAACAUGUUCUACCAAUUUUAGGAAAUCAACAAGUACAUUAAUUGCUAUAUAAUUACAUGCAUUCAGGGUCAAAAAGUGUAAAAGAUUUAUGGCUGUGUCAUUGUGUGGCAAAUACUGAAAUCAUGAACAUUGUGAUUGAUAUGAUAGAGCUAGUUAGUAUUAAUUCUGACAUUAGUUUGUUUCUAAUCAAAAUAUAAUUUUCAGGUUCUUGACAAUCAGAAGUUUUGGGGUGAUGAUGGAUAUGUUUUGUCAAGAACCUUUUUUGGUAAAGAUAAGUCAAACAUACGUUUCACCAUUGGCGGAUUCAUUGAGUGAGUGAUGCUUCCUGCUUUUGACAUUUUUUCACUUUGUUCUCACCUUUAAAAAAUGUUUGUUUAAUAUUAUAUUGUGGGUAUAUGUGGAAGAUAUUUCUUACACUGAAGAGUAAUUGCAGUCACAUUUCAAGGUUUAAAUGUGCAGAAAUGUGGAUUAAGAUCAGCAUAUCAACCUUUUUACCAUCACAAGUGGUCUUCUGUAAUGCAAAACAGUUUGGAGUGUAAUUUACAUGCAAGCUUUCAAGAAAGCUUCAAGGUCAAUAAAUGUAUGUCAGUUCCAAUAGAGAACUUUGAUUUCCUCAGUAAACUACUAACUAACUCAGGUGUGCAAUGUAGAAUACCAUCCCCUCACCAUUCAACCAUUUUGUCAUCUCUUCAUGAACAGGAACUUCUUAUGCCUAGUUAUGACUAUGUUUCAUUUUUGUUUUACCUUUUUUACUUUAGCAACUGUCGCAACAACAAACCACUAUUCAAAGCUGGCCCCUUUGAUGAAGCUUUUAAUAUUUCUGACAGGCUGGACAUCGAAAAGGUUAAUCUUACAGUAUUAUACUGUAUUUAGGGUUUAGGAUCGAGUGAAGUUGCCCAAAACAAUAAUUACAAUAACUGCAAAAUGUUGAUUGAUCAAGAACUGAAAAAGUGAGUACACAUGUUUGGGAAAUUUAAAAAAGUGGUGGAAUUCUUUUUUGAGUUAAUUUUUUAUUCAUGUUGUCACAAAUCAUGUGCUCAAUGACUUUUGAUGGUUUUUUAGUUAAUGAAUUAUGACAUUCUUGAUUUCUACUCUAGUAAGUUUUGCUUAUUUUGAAAUGAUCACCAGGAAUUUUCUUGAGGUUAUAUGAUUUGGUCACACAAAUGUUGUUGUUGUUUACCUUUGCAGUUGCUUGGAAAUGAUACUACACAGCAGUUUGACGAUCUAAAGGUCAAUCUGAGUAAUGUGAAUGUCUUUAACAAUGAGACCCGCAACAGCCUGACAAAACUUAGGGAUUCAGGAGUUGAUGACAUUGAUUUCGCUAAAUUUUUGAAUGAGGUAAAACUGUAGUUUAAAUCGGUUGUUUGUUGUUACUUUAUUCAUAGUUUUAUUGUUUACCGUAAAAACCUGCAGAUAAGCCACACCCUGAAUUUAGCAACUAUUUGUUAACAGGAAUUUCUUCAUUCAACACAGUUUUUCCAUAGAUUUUUGCAUUACAACAAGAAUGUGAGCUGAACAUUAGAAGCUUAGUAACCAGUCAUUAGAUUGGAUGCGAAAAUGGAACACCUUUUUCAAAUGUUCCCACAGAUAAGCCGUACCCCCAAUUUCUAGCAACAAUUUUUGGAAAAAUGGUGCGGCUUAUCUGCGGCUUUUUACGGUACUUUUUUUUAACUGUUAUAGAUUAUUGGACUAGAAUACAAAUUGCUUUACAGAUCCCAUAGCAGUGAAUUAUAUAAAACCCCUGGAACUCAAACAAUUGUCCACCUGUACACAGUGCUCCAAGCUAACACCAUUUUGGUUACCAUGGCAAGUGAAAAAUAUAUGUGGCAUUAAAAUUUCAGCAAAAGUUGCCAAUUGGCGAUCAACAUAUUCAAACACACAAAUCUUGAAAAAUUAAUGGAUCUGUGGUUGAGUUAUUGAAUGUGCAAACAUUUGAAAAACUUGAGAACCAUUCACUUUUGUUCUGGGUCACUUGACAUCUUUACCAAGAGUGUACUUAGUCAAAUAUAAGCAGAACAAUGUCAGUUAGCAUGGUCAGCUAAAUUUUCCCUAGUAACAGCUAAUAAAAGUUAGUUGUUGGGCUCUCAAGGCUGCUAUCUAGUUAUUUAUCAGUUUCUCUGUAAUUAUAAUAUAUCACAUAUUGAAAGAUUACGUAGUUAUUGUUUUGUCUUUUUAAUUUGUAGACUACAAAAAAUAUAACAGCUGUUGAUCUCAACGAAUUUGCCCAGAAUAUCAGUAAUCUAGGUAGGGAAUUUAAAAAAGCAGCAGACUCACUCCCUGAAGGAGCAGAAAAAAAUAAGACAAAUGUAAGUUCACAAUUUGUUUUUUUAGAAAAUGUUAGAAAUUUACUCCAUGCUGUUUUUGAAUAUUAGUUGUUAACCUUAUGGCCUCUUCUAUAACGAAGGUAGGAAAUCAAUACAGAUCAAAUUUUUUUUAAAAUUUCUGUGAUUGUUCAAGUCAGAGUGAGUACUUGUAACUACUGAGGAAAGCCAUUAUAAAUAUGUUCAGUGUAGCCCUUGAUUACUGUCCUUGCUUAAUUGAAAAUUACUUAAAGUCAUCUCAUUGUUCCUGUUUUUUGUACCUCUAGGAACUGUCGCAAAAAGCAAAUGACACUGCUGCAGCCCUGCGUACUCUACAGGCAACUGUAGUGAAGGAUAUGGAAUAUAAGUCGGUUAGGAAAUAUAUUUUCUCAUCAAUAUGGUUUGUCAAAUUUUGAAAUUUACAAAGGUUCUUCAUUUAACCAGGUUUCUGAACAUUAAUUACAGUAUCUUACGUAGAUUAAUAAGCUACCAACAAAGCCACGUAGCCCUUUAAGUGGGUUCAUGAUUCUUCCUUGGAAGGCCUUUAAUUUAGUUGUAAUACACAGCUUUUGGAGGGGAGAUUUAUUUGACUAUUGAUUGAAAUGAUUAUCAUGUGUUAUUCAACUCCUAAAUAAUUUGUUUGUGCGCAGGGUAUUUCAUGUGAUUGAUCUUUUCAAGAAUUUGUUUAAGUCCAAGAGAAACAAUUUGUAAGUUUCUCGAGGUAAUGCAACUCUAUUGGUGAAUUUUGAUACUGGGUUAAUUAAUUUAUGUAUAUUUUCUUAACAGAUAGAGUUAAAUCAAAAUGUGAGUGCCCUGAAAGGUAUCGGAGGAGAUCUCAAGGUAAAUCGUUUUUUGCUUAUGCUUUAAGCAAAGAAAAGGCUUAAGUAACCUUGGGGAUGAAACUACUACACUAUUUUGUUUUUCUUGAUGUUGAUGAUGUAUUCACAAGGAAAAAUUGAUCUGAAAUCAACAGUUUGUUAUUUACUUCUCGAGUUCGCUAUACAUAAACUCUUACAAAACAUGGAACAACAACUGUUUGCUUUCAAGCAGAUACUUUUUGCACAAUGAGGUUCAUGUCAAUAGCUCUUCCUUUUUGCUUGGUCACUGCUGAGGGUUGUAACCUUACAACCAUUCAGGCAGGCAUUACAAAUGGAAUUGGUGUCAUUGAAAAUGUUGUUGGUCACCGAGGUUUUGAAGAUAAAUUAUUGUUUAGUCGUUUGUCUCAUGAUGUAGAGUCAAGCUAACAGUUUUAUUUAUCUUGAUGUUUUAACUACUAUAUACUGCAAGUCUUUGUUAGGGAAUGAGGCCUGAAGUUUGCUGUAAGUUAUUCAUAGCAAACAAAGGUGCUAUAACCUAGAUCAAACAACCAACAGCAAACCAAGGUGCUAUAAAUAGCAACAUGUAAACUUUCAACCUUGUUGCCUGCCAAACACUUGCAGUAUAGCAGUCAAAACAUUACAAUCAAUACAAUUGAUAGCCCAACACUACAUUUUGAUUGUUCAUUAUUUGAUAUGUAAAGAUACCAAGUUGAUAGAGUCAAAUUGUACGUCCUUCAGCUCGAGUACUCACUACUAAGAAUGUGCAUUAUAACAUAGUCCUAUUUGACCAUAAUCUCCUUAACAUGGCAGUCAGUUUAGCUGUAGAAAAAUGACUGUUGAGGUACAUAAAAUUUGCUUUCUUUUAGUUGUUAAUUUAACCCUUUAACUCCCAAGAUCUCAUUAGUAAUUCUCCUUACUGUCUGCUAUACAAUUCUUGUGAUGUUCAGAGAAUUUGGUACUGGAUCAACUAAUAAUCCCCUAAUUGAUCUUUAUUCUCACUGCUUGUCUGCUUGACAUGUUAUUUAUAUUGUAAGGAGAAAUUCUGUCUUGGUCACUCAUGGGAGUUAAAGGGUUAACAUUAUUUUGCUUUCAGAAACUAGCAAACAAUACUUUGAAAGAAGCCGAGAAAGCAGAGAGCUAUCUUCAUACUCAAUCAGCUACUAACAUCAACAAAGUAAGUACUGACAUACUUUGUCCUUUUGUGAAAACACAAUUAAAUAACAGGAAACAAAAACGGUAGGGGCUUCAUGACUUGGUGAUGAAGUCUUUUACUCAGCUAUAACUUUUCCACUUCUGCACAAUUCUUCUUGUGUUUAUUUGGUCAAUUCUUCCUUUUUUAAGGGUAAUUCUAGGCACCUGUGAGUUCAGAUCUAACUGCACUGUCUGCUCAUAUCUAACUGUACCGUCCGCCGCUAAUAGUUAUCUAGUUUUAGCUUUCAAUUAUUGGCCCUGAAAAAUGUUGUAAGUUGUAGGGUAAUGUUUCAUGAAACCUAUGGUAGACUACACGUACUCACUAUAGAAAAGUGAAUGUAAUUAAAAAAGGCUAAUGCUGUCAGAGUAGAAGAUUUUCAAAUAAAUAACCUUUUCCUGGAGAGCCUGACACAAGCAAAUAUGGUUGCAGAAAAUUAUCCUAGUGAGUGGUUAAUUAGAAAGCAAAAAAAAAAAAAAAAAAAAGAAAGCAAAAAAAGGAAAACCAAAUAUUCAAACAAAUGAACAAAUAGGAGGUCAAAUGAAUGUUUCGUGAUCGCUGGUAGAUUCCCAGUUAUGAUCUGGCUGUGGUCAAGGCCAUAGUAUUGAGAUGAUUCAUCUCUCAAAUCAGUUUAACCUGUAGCAGGCAUUAGAUCAAGUGUCAAUGUAAAAAUAAAGAGGGUUGAAUUGAAAUUAAAAAAGAAAGAUUGUCAAGAAUUAAAGUGCUGAUCAAUUUUCUGCAUGCGUUUGCCAUUGUUAAUCUUAAUGUUUGUUGCGUUUGUUUUGGUGUAGAUUGUACAGAACUUCACUGAUCGAGUGUUAGGUUGGGGAUUUCAGUUCACAGAUCACAUUAAAGACCUUGUAAGUAAUGGACAUAUAAGAAAUUUAGACUUGUGUGGAGCUGUUUGAUUCCUGAAACAGAUGAAGAACAAGCUUCAGUGUAUAAUUGAAACCUUAAAGUGAUUCUUGAAAUUAGUCAGCGUGAUUAUACAUGUAUUUUGUUUGUGUUUAUAAGAACAUUUUGCUGUUGAUUGUCCAUGGCUACAUCUAGUUCUUCUUAGCUGCACAUUUUUUUCGCAGGGAAUGCACGUAUUUAUCUUUGGGUUUGCUUUUAUGAUAAGCCAGUCAGUCUAAAUGAACUCUCUUGUACACUAUGUAAGAUUUUACUGAGGGGAGUUUUUGGGUUUAUGUUUCAAGUAAUAUAUCUUCUUUGCUUUCAAUCACUUAGCUAGACAAUAGUUUGGCUAAAUGUCAACCUGUGGCAAACAUUUACGAUGCAACUAUUGUUAUAAUCUGCAAGCAAGCCCUGUACCCAUUUGUAAGUCACAUCUUACUGAUCUUUGAUUCAUUUUAAUCUUAAGCAUUUGUACAUAUUUCAUUAUUGAUUUGAUAGUUAGCAACAAAACACUACAGUUAUUAUUAACUAUUAUUGGAGGAAAUUUGAUUGACAGGCCAACUGACAGACCGACCAACUGUAAUGAUUGAUUUUCAUUAUUAAUUCAUUAAAGAAUAGAUGAUUUAUGAUGAAUAAAUUGUUAUCGGAACACAAGUAUAAUUUCUUUCUUUUGUUUGUUUGUUUCAGAAUGGUUUCUGGUUCUCCAUUGGAUAUUGCCUGUUCUUUUUCAUCCCUGCAAUAAUUUUCUGUGUUAAACUUGCUAAACAUUAUCGCCGGAUGGAUUACGAGAAUGAAUUUGAUCAGGAUGUGUAAGUAACUUCUGUUAUAACUUAACGUUCUACAAUUUAUGAAAUACAAAUUUGGUUACUUAUGGUCAAAUCUGAAAGUGAUGUGGAGUCCUUUUUUGUUUUGUUUUUCACUUGAAUGGAUCUUUUAACAAAAAGAGGCUAGUUUCAUGUUUAAAAGCGUACUUGUUUGUUAUUCUUAGAAAAAGAUUGUUAGAUCAAUCGUUAUUUCCGCACCAAUUUCCAACUACUGGAAACUUGCGGGCAGUACUUUGACUAUUGUUGUGUUGUCUGUUUAGGGAAGCGUUCGAAAUGGGACAUCAUUAUCCAUCAGCCCCACCUCAGUACCCUUCGUAA